GUACCGAAAUUCUAAUACCUCUGGUGGUUCAAUUGAAACCUUCACUUGAACUGAAGCGAAUGAAACCACAUACUAUGGUAGUGGAGUUUCCUGUGAGUCGGGGAGUGUGCACAGAGAAUCCGAGCAGUACAGUACAUAGGAAAUGACUCAUAGGAGUUGAACUGUUAGCGUGGGUGUGAGCGCUAUUAAAACAGGGCGCAGACUCCUCCGGGUGACUCACUCUGAUGCUCGCUUUUCCAUGCUGAAAACCAGCACGGAUUGUUAAUCAGAUGAACUUUCGGGAAUUGUGCAGCCGACAGCGAGCAGCUUUUUACGCGCAGACAUGAUGGCUUCAAACGCUCUCUGCGCGCUCUGCGGACUUAUUAUAGCGGCUGUGACUAAUUUCCACGCUGUGAGCGCACAGAAAAGUCAGUGUGGCAACUCAGAGUUUUGGAACUCAGAUUUGGAUGUUUGUGUGCCGUGCGCAUCAUGCAAGCAGUACCCCAAGACUCCAUCGUGCAACACAUGUAAACCUGUGGAGGACACACCUGAUGUGUGGAAACUGGCAGCCAUCACCAGUUUCUCAGUGCUGGCUGUCGUGCUGGUCGGCGCCGCGUUGAUCAUCGGGGUCAUGGUGCAUCGACGCAAGUCACACAAACGGCCUCUACGUGAACCCAUUGAAGAGACUGCGGGGCCACUUUAUCAAGCUUAAACAUUUUCACCUCAUCUUCCUCUGGAAACAGAUGUGACACAACCAAGCAGUGACUGGCCCAGAGCCGGACGCAGGAACCUCUGGACCAUGAAGUGUAUACCCGGACUGCAGGGUAUCUCUUGACCAGAAUUGGACCAUUUUAAUUUAUUAGACUGUUCAGUGAAGAGAUGUGAUCAGUUCUCAUGCUCAGUGUAGGUCUUCACAGUGACCACAGGAGUUCCAAGGAGCCGCUCCCACACCUCUGUAGGAAUAGUAACAACAUUAUAUUGGAGUGGUAUCAUUUUCCGAUUUUGUGUGCCUGUAUAUUUCACGUAAAUGAGAUUUUGAUCUGGAAGACCUUUGUGGGUUUACAGAUAUUUGAUUCAGAAUCCAGAUAAAACAACAAUCCAUGCUUCUGUUUUGUAUUGUGCUGUUCUCCAGCAGGACUCCAAUGAAUGUAACACAGCUACUGCUGCCUGCUGGGCUGCAGUUUGAUCCCCUGCUAUUCUGCGGGGGUUAGACGGGGUCUCUCUGCUGGCUAUUUACCACAACAGCCUCUCAAAGAUAAACCACAUGUGAAUAAGACAUACUGUUAGGCACAUUAAGGCCAUUUGAAUGUAACUACUUUUUAGGUGAAAUGUAUUCUAGCCUUUGUCCCUGCCAGUUCUUUUAGAAGCCUGAUACAGUGAUAAAGCUGUUGAUUACGGGAGCAAACUGUACUCAUGCACUGUUCCAGGUCGCCUGAGACCAACACAGGCCCUUUAUUGCAGGUCAUAACAAUAUUGUCUUGUUUGUUUCAAUAUUUUUAGCUGAGUUUUUGAUGAUUUAAGAUGAUUUUUUUUAUUAUUACCAGCCCAGAAUGCACACAUUACCAUCCCAGCGUUUGUAGGACAGGAUGUUUGAAACACUAGACACACAAUCCCAAACUGCUAACAUGUGGGAAUGUUGCAAGGAAUGUACUGUAGUGAAGAAACUGAUACCUACAGUGUUUUAGGUGGAGCUACACAAUCAUGAAGCUUGCCAAUUCUGACCUGUCAAAUGAUUUCAGAUCUGAAACAAGGCAAAAAAAAAAAAAA